AUGCCCACAAAUUCCUCGUCCUUGCUUCCUGCUGGAAUGUACACUCCAAUUCCCACCUUUUUCAAAGGUCCCCUGGGGAAAGAACUAGACCUAGACUCUCAAACAAAACACGCCAAAUUUCUCUACCAAUCCGGAAUCAACGGUCUAGUGGUAGCUGGCUCACUUGGUGAGAGUCCUCAUAUGACUAGAAAGGAGAGAGCGUCUUUGGUGAAAGCGCUCAGGGAAGCGGUUCCAGAUCCUGAAUUCAAGAUCAUUGCAGGAGCUCCUCCUUCUAGUAUCGAGGACGCCAUUGAAGAAACCAAAGCUGCUAAAGAGGCCGGUGCCGACUUCUCAAUUUUGCUGGUUCAAGGGUAUUUCGGUUCCUUGAUCUCCCAAGAAGGAAUCGUGGAAUAUUUCACAGCCGUAGCUGACGGGGCAGCACUUCCAUUUCUUAUCUACAAUUACCCGGGCACUUGUAACAAUGUUGAAAUUUCUGCCGAGAGUUACGAGCAGCUGGCAUCGCACCCCAAUAUUGCAGGCUGCAAAUUAACCCAUUUCAAUCUGGCCCUUUAUACUUUGCUGGGCAAAGUUUCCAGAAGAAAAGAUGUCAACUUUACGCUUCUGACAGGUUUGGGCCAGGUGUUGAUCCCAGCAAUGUCAGUUGGUAUUCAUGGUGCAAUUGACGGGAUGUCUGGCAUCUUCCCCAAGGUGAUGGUGAAACUGCACAACCUAUGUAAAGAGGGGAAGUUCGAAGAAGCGCUGGAAUUGCAAUGUCAGGUAACAAAAGCAGAUGACAUGAUUGGUGCUUUGAAUAUGAACGGUGUAAAGCAUGCCUUGAACAGCCUGUAUGGAUUUGGUGGUGAUUAUCUCACUGGUAGACCACCCAUGUCGAAACCUGUCGGAGCGGCUUAUUCACCAUUUGAGACUAGUAUGAAUGAGCUUUCCGUUAUUGAAAAAGCGCUUUAA